AUGGUAGACAAGGUCGACGUGCUAAUUAUCGGCGCAUGCCCGGCAGGGCUCACAGCUGCAAAUUGCUUCAAUGGUGGCAAGAGUCCCCGGGUCCGAGUGAUCGACAAAAAGUCCGGGACUAUCCAGAGAGGCAAGGCCGAUGGACUUAAGAGCAUCUCUCUUGAGGUGCUCGAUACAUUAGGUAUUGGGGAUGCCAUCCGCAGUGAGUCACAUCGAGUGGAAGAAAUUACCCUCUGGGAGCCAGAUAGUCAAGGAGGCCUUAUUCGAUACAUGACGGUGCCCGAUCGAGUUCCGGAGCUGCAAAAGCCAAGAGAGGUGACACUGGACCAAGGUAGGAUCGAGCAUCAUAUUGUAGCAGCUCUACAUAGACAUGGUAACGUGGAGGUGUCAUGGAAGAAGCGGCCGAUCGACCUGCGCGUUAAUAUUGAAGCUGUCGAGGAACCUCUUGCGUAUCCUGUCACGGUCGUGAUAAGGGAUGUGGAUGACGAUAUUGUACCGCCAGAGAUUAUCCAAGCUCGCUACCUAAUUGCCUAUACUGUUCCCAAGACCGACUUUCCUGAUAUUCGCAAGGUCUGCGUGAUUCGCUCAGCGCAAGGUACAGUGAUGGCUAUACCUCGCGAGGGUAAACUGGUUCGGUUGUAUGUUGGGAUGGACGGAACUGGGCUUGACGUCGCAGGCGGGUUAGAUGUCCGCGCUUUCACCGUUGACCAUGUUAUAGACUCGGCACGGUCUAUCAUCUCUCCAUAUAUGUUCGAGGCUGGCCAUGUGGCGUGGUGGUCCGCCUACCAGGUUAGUCAACGUGUUGCAGAAGAGUUCUCCAGAUAUGACCGUGUGUUCCUUGCCGGAGAUGCUGUUCGCCAGGGGACGAAUACCGGUAUUCAGGACGCCUAUAAUAUCGGCAGGGAGCUUCGCUUCUACCUUGAACAGCGUUGUUCGCCAUCGCUUUUAUCGACAUACGUGCACGAGCGAAGGCCUAUUGCUCAGCAACUGAUCAACUUUGGCCGCGAGUAUCUCCAGAUAAUGGCUACACCUAACUUGGAUCCCGAUAGCUUCUUGUCUGCAUUUCUGCUCGCCAUGAAGUUUACUACAGGAAUUCGGAUUCAGUAUCCCCGAUCGUUAAUCGUAAGGCCCCCCUCACAGGUGGGAGAGACCACAGCUGUCGCUACAGGUCUAUCACCCGGCAUGCGUCUACCAGACUUCCAAAUAGUUAAUCAGGCGGAUGGAAUCCCCACUGCUGUUCAUCAUUGGUUUGUCAUGACUGGUAAAUUCCGCCUCUUGAUUUUUGCGGGGAGCAUUUCGAAAGGACACAUCCUUCGAAGAUUAUCGGCAUUCGGACAGUGGCUGGCGACCGAUCAGGACGACUGGGACUACUGGAGAGUCUAUGCUGACGAUGAGAGUUAUCAUGAUGGCUGUGGAGAGGUCUAUAAGCGUUGUGGUAUUGAUCGAGAGGAUAGCCGGGUUGUCAUCGUCCGUCCUGAUGGUUAUAUUAGUUUGAUCUGUGAGCUAGAGCGGGCAGAUCAGAUUAGCCUCUUUUCUGAUAACCUUGGACCGGUAGAUUCAAUAGCCAUGGCUCGUCCCGCCCGGCUUUGA